CGUUCACGCAGGAGGAGGAUCCUAAAAAAAUUGCAUCCUAGUGGGUGGGACGUCAGAGCAGCUGUGACUUUAUAAGCUUUUACUGUCUGGGUACAGAGACGCUCCAACCUCCCGUCGGGCUCCAGACUAAGUUAAUUGUCUCCAGCUUUCUGCACCUCCAGUUUGGAAAUCCACACCCUUUCUACAAUGGCAGCGAUCGGAAAUCGUGGAACAGUGACUGAGGCGGCCGGUUUCGACCCAGAGGCAGAUGUCCAGAGGCUUAGAGGAGCUAUGAAGGGAGCGGGCACCGAUGAGGCAGCAGUCAUCGAAGUCAUAGCACACCGUACUAUUGCCCAGAGGCAGCGCAUCAAAGAGGCCUACAAACAAGCGAUUGGGAAGGACCUGGCAGAUGACCUGUCCUCAGAGCUGAGUGGGAACUUCAGGAGUGUUGUUCUAGGUCUGCUGAUGCUGGCACCAGUGUACGAUGCCUACGAGCUGAAAAAUGCAAUGAAGGGGGCUGGAACAGAAGAGGCUUGUCUCAUUGAUAUUCUCGCCUCAAGGUCAAAUGCUGAAAUAAAAACCAUCAAUGCCUUCUACAAGAAAGAAUAUGGGAAAGACCUGGAAGAGGAUGUGUGUGGAGACACAUCUGGGAUGUUUCAGAGAGUUUUGGUCUCUUUACUCACGGCUGGACGGGAUGAAAGCGAUAAAGUGGAUGAGGCCCAGGCUGUUCAAGAUGCCAAGGAAAUCUAUGAGGCUGGUGAGGCUCGAUGGGGCACGGACGAGGUUAAAUUCCUCACUGUGCUUUGUGUGAGGAACCGAAACCAUCUGUUGCGAGUGUUUGAGGAGUAUCAGAAGAUUUCUGGAAGAGACAUUGAGGACAGCAUUAAGAGGGAGAUGUCUGGCUGUCUGGAGGACGUCUUCCUGGCCAUAGUGAAAUGCAUGAGGAGCAAGCCAGCGUUCUUCGCAGAGCGAUUAUACAAAUCAAUGAAGGGGCUGGGCACCACAGAUAGUGUCCUCAUCAGAAUAAUGGUUGCUAGGGCUGAGAUUGACAUGUUGGACAUUAAGGCGCAGUUCCUGAAGAUGUAUGGCAAGACUCUCUACUCCUUCAUCAAGGGAGACACAUCUGGAGACUACCGCAAAAUCCUGCUGGAGCUGUGUGGAGGCGAGUAAAAAGAAACAUCAGAGCAACUAACUCUGUCUUUAUUCUGCAGACCACAUUCUGAGCUUUUUUUUGUUGAUCAUGUCUCGUGUAUCGUUUUUUCUUCUAUGGCCUUCAUAUUUCACUGAUUGACCACAGUGCCUUGUUUUACUGUUUGUAAUAUCAAUUAAACCAAAGACCAAUGACCUUUUA